GCAAUCUGUCCUAAUGCAGGAUGCAGAGGAGAACGCGAAUGAUGAAGAUGCAGAAUCCACUGACACUCCUCAUCUAACAUAUCGUUCAGAAGAUCAGAUGGAACCUGUAAACAAACACCCCGAAAUGGAUACAACUGUGCAAAAGAAACAUUUUUUUAAAAGAAACAACAGAAACUCUGGAGCUCCAGAGCCAUUUGUGGAUUCUCAAGGACUGGCAAGGAAAAUGAAUAGGUCUCUGACACUGAAAUCAAGUGAAGAAAAAACAGAUGAUGUGGUUCUUAUGAGUAGACCAACCUCUCCACUCCCAGAGACCAGUUCUGCACUGUCUGUCUAUUCCAUGAAAUUUUAUACACAACAAACUACCACUUACAAUGGGCUGAUAAAGGAAAUCAAGCUACUCAAAGAGCAAAGGAAGGAGCUUGAACAAACAAGGCAAGAACUUUUGAAAAAGGGCAGAGAGCUUUUAGCUUUUAACAGACAUCGAAGGAACCAAGCACGUGACAGGUGGAAGAGGCAAUAUUUUGACACUAAGAAGGCAACAACACUUCUGGAGGACACACUAAAGAGUGUACAACUGGAACUUCACACCUUCUACAGUAAAAUGCUACAACAACUCCAAGCCAGAGAUGGUGCAAAACGACGAAUGCAAGCAAAGAAACAAUCAAGCACACAGUUGAAGAAUGAUCUGAUAAUCCAGAUUAUGACGGAGUGUAGUGAAAUUGAUAAUCUGAGGAAACAAGUGGAUGAUGCUAAAAUGAAACUGGCUACAGAGAUCAAGUUGACCUUUGAAUGA